UCGUCCCCUCGUGCCUCUCGAUGUGACGUCAUCCCCCCCGGUGCCUCUCGACGUGACGUCAUGUGUGUAAGCGGAAGCGGCAACUGUGGUGGUGGUGGGGGAGCGGCGCGUCUGCCGGCGCUUCUCUCUUGAGCUGGCAACUGGUGGAUGAACGCACUUGCUGAAGGCCUGAAAACGGGAAUUCAACUUGGUGCUGACCUUCACAUCAAGGCAUUGGCGGAUGCACGCAGUUGACAUGUAAAUAAGCCCCGGAAUCGCUCGCAAUGUCCUGCUAUAGGACGGGCACGGGGAGAAUGGAGGCAAUGGAAGACGGCAUGGGGCUCACGGAGCUGGGCCCCGUCGGAGUGGGAGACCCCAGUACGGAGGGCACCUACGUGUGCCGCCUCUCCCCUCAUCUGGUGGAGGUGGCCAGGCAGGAGCUGCAGGAGAAGCCCGAAUGGCGCCUCCGGGACAUUCAGGCCUUGCGUGAUAUGCUCAAGGAACAUCCAGAGAUUCCUGCCCCCACCGAUGACGGGUUUCUCCUUCGUUUUCUCCGAGCUCGCAAGUUCGACUAUGACAAGGCCUUGCUUCUCAUCGACAACUACUAUAAGUGUCGGCGCGUUUGGCCGGACGUGUUCGUCAACUUCUACCCGUCGAGCGUGCGCCACGUCUUGGAAGCUGGCGUGGUGACGGCGCUGCCACAGCCGGACGCGCAGGGCCGGAGGAUCAUCGUCCUGCGGCCUGGUUUGUGGAACCCGGCGGUGGCGCCGGCCACGGACAUGCUGCGCGUGCUCUACAUGACCCUGGAGAUGCUGGUGCGCCAGGAGGAGACGCAGGUGUGCGGCCUGGUGGUGCUGGCCGACUAUGCCGGCCUGGGCCUGGCCCACGCCUCGCACCUGGGGCCCGCGUUCGUGCGCCGCGUCGCCACCGUGCUGCAGGAUGCGUUUCCCGUGAGGGUGAAAGCCGUCAACAUUUUCAAUGAACCGAUCAUCAUGAAAGCCAUCUUUGCCAUUGUGAAGCCCUUCUUGAAGGAAAAACUCCAGAAGAGGUACUACUUCCACGGCUCUGACCUGAGCUCGCUGCACAGGAGCCUGCCCCCAGGUGUCCUGCCCAACGAGUAUGGAGGGGCGGCUGGGUCCCUGGACGCCCAGCGCUGGGCUCUCACCCUGCUGGACUGGGAGCCGUUCUUCCUGCGCGAGUUUGGGGGACCCGUGGCAAUUGCACCGACGCCGGCGCUCGGGACCGAGGGACAGCAGCUUCAGAUUGGGACAAGCAGGGCCGCUUCGCAAUACAGCGACGAAGCUGAAGAGGCUUCCGCCAAACUCUAAACAUGGCGUGCCGUUAAGCUUGGGGCGUCCCACUUAAUGCAUUAUACGCAAGCAAGCAAGCAAAUGUUGUUUGGCACUGACAUUCGUGGCCUACCGCGGGGGCCAGUGGGUGACCUGGGAACUUUAAGUUGUGCCCGUGUUGGAGGAGCAAUAAGCCAGCAUUGUUGAGAUGGUAAAUAAUUGCAGCGAAAGUUAAAACUACUUUCCCAUGUGUGGCAAGCCAAUGCCCUCAAUCGCCAAUUAGCACAAUCAUUCAACGCUUGUUUGCUCCACACCAUGACCAUCUCACAGUUACAUUUUUAGAUCUGGUUGGCAAAGGCACUGAGAAAAUCAUUAGUAAUUGCACAGCGGUACCCCCUUCUCAUUUAACAUCCUAAUGAACAACUAUUGUCUUUUUCAGCCAUUGGAAUGUUAUUGGCUGGGAGGAAUUUUUAAUAGUUUUAUAGGCCUGAGGUUGGAGUUGGAGAGUUUCUUUUACCAGGUAAAUACUUGGAGCCACCAUGGGCUCGUUUACAAGGUGGACCUAGUCAAGAUUGCCAUAAAAGUUCGUGCCUGGUGUCGUGAGUCUUUGUAAGCAUAGAGCAAGAACUGUUGUCCAUAUGAUGGCAUCCUUUACGGCACGAAGCAGCAGUGAGCAACUGGCUUCAUAUUAUUUCUGGAACAUGUAAAAUCAGUUGUGUGACUAUGGCUAUAUUCCCGAUGCACCAUUCUAUUGCUACAAUAAUAGCCAUGUAAAGCUUGAUGUGGUCAAGGGCGUAGGCAACAUUCUUAAUGUGGAACAUACACAUCAUUGUGGAUGCUGUGUUUUCACUGUUACGAGUGGUUUAUAUGUAUAUAGCAUGUUAUUUUGUAAAUGUUGACAAGGUUUCUUGUACAUACGAUAAAACGGCACUAGAUUUAUUUGCAGCCUGCCAAUGUCAACUAGAGGUAUGUGAAAUGCAGAGAAAGAUGCAAUAAUACAUUUCAUUUAAAAAAAAUGGCUUGUAUGAGUUCUCAAGUUUGAAAUUCAAUUGCCUUAGUGGUAGCAUUCUAGGAUACAUAACAAGUGAUGCAUUUAAGUUAAGUGUUAAUGGUCAUAACCGAUCCACAGAAUUGUUUACUCACUAAAAAUAUCUGCCUCGUAAGCAUUUGUUAACACUUGAGAUUCCAUUGCUCCGUAUAGCCAAGGUCUUAAUUAGCUAGAACCUGGAAAAAAUACAAAAUUACUUGCCUUUGCAUCUGCAUAUUUACAGAUUUUUUUCGGUGUUGAUAAAUCCUUUUUUCAUUUUACAAUAGCCCAGUGUCCUGUAUAGUUGGACAUUUAUAUGGGAAAAUGUUGCUUCUUAAGUAUGCGUUUCAAUCGAGGAUCAUUGUUAAAUCGACCAAAUAUGGUCAACGACUUGACUUGCACCUCACAUGAACAGUCAUAAGAAUGUAAGUUUUUUUACAGGAGCGGGCUAAGCAAUAUUGUUCAUUUGAAUUGAAUGUAAUUUCAAUGUUUACUCAUGUAUAUACUCGCACAUAUAUCUUGCUGUAUAAUGUUCAAACUUAUGGCCAUAAUAUUUAAAAGCAAAUUCAUGCUUUUAUUCAGUUGAGUUCUCUAUAUUUUAACCAACUGGACAGGAUAGUCUUGGAUGUGAAAGCCUUAGCUAUUUUACCAACGUGUAACAAAAUGUGUAAUUCUAAACAUCUGCCAUCCACUGCCAAAUAUAAUUAUCAGCUCAUUGGGCGGUGACGUGGCCCUGUG